AUGACUUUGGACACCAAUCUCUUUUCCAAGCUCCAGUCCGUGAAGGCGGAGAUUCAGGAUGCCCAGGAUGAACAUGUCAAAUACAGGCAGGAGCUGGAGCAGACUCAGAACGAGCUGACCAGAGAACUCAAACUCAAACAUCUGAUUAUCGAGAACUUCAUCCCACUGGAGGAGAAGAGCAAGAUUGUGACUAGAGCCACUUUUGACGAGGAAGAUGACCUCUGGAAAAUGACCCCUAUCACCCGCAUUCAAAAUGAUCAGCAGAUGAUGAAAAGGCCUGUUUCUGCAGUCGGCUACAGACGGCCUCUGAGUCAGCAUGCCCGUAUGGCCAUGUUGAUGCGGCCUGAUGUCAGAUACAAGGCUGAGAACAUCCUGCUGCUGGAGUUGGAUUUGCCCACACGUACCACAAAAGACUACGAGGGACCGGUGAUAGCACCUAAAGUGGCUGCGGCUCUGGAGGACGCUCUGAGAGAGGAGGACGAAAUCCAGGUGGACGCCUCUGGCCUCCGUGCCAGCCUUGGCUCCAGUCCAGGCCUCAGCGCCACCGCUGCUGGGUUUUCCAAGAAACCAAAGUCAGGCCGCCCAAAAACUGGCAAGAAGGUGAGCACUCCAACUUCAGCUCACAGCCCUUUGUCCGGCUCAGGGUCCCCUCUUUACCCACAAUCUCGAGGCCUUGUGCCUAAGUGACCCCGGCCUUCGCUGCUACGUAUGAACUAACCAGCUUUGGCAUCAAUGCUCUUAAAUGCCAGGCAAAAUCAGUUGCAUUAAAGACGGUGGAACGUCUCAUCGAGCUCCUCCUGGUGUGGCAUUUAAACCAAUCG